AUGGGUAGUUUUCGUCGUGUCCGCUGGUCGAACUUGUUAGAGCGACUUUUUCUCCCAAGGUCUCUUUUUGGCUUGUGUAGUCUUCGUGUUGGCUGCGAGGUAAUUGUUUGGUUUGCUAUCAUAAACAAAUUAUCUGGUCUUUAUGGAAUUGUAUCUUUAUUUCAAAGCUCUGCCAUUUCUGCUUGGCAGAUUUUCAUGUAUAUGACUUCUAUUUUUACCUUGGUCCUUUUUUCUUGGUUAGCCGUUUACAUUCCAAAGGACAGCGUACCACAUGCCCUUAUCUUGUUUUAUUCCUAUGCACUCGACUUUUUUUUAAAUGUCGCCUUCACCGUCUUGUUUGCGUUGAGUUGGUUUGCUAAAGUACUGAUUUCUUCUCAAUCAGCUAAAGGUGUGCCGGAAUCCGAACAGCCAACGAGUCUUUGGGCUGUGUUUUUUGAAGCGGAAUCUAUUCCUUCUUUACUUUUACUCACCUUUUUCACCUCUUUAAAGCUGUAUUUUACUUUAAUCACCCUUUCCUACUCUAAUAAAUUAAUCGUCGACUCUGGAAUCCGACCUCAAUCUCUGCCAAGCUCCUUCAUGGGUCGUUUAACCCGUAUUUUGAUGAAACCUUACAUUUUCGCUGCUAAUCGCACUUACUUAAGGAAUCAUGCUAAUCGCUUCUUAGAAAAUAUUGAGCUUCAACAACGUCUGAUGGAUGAAGUUGUUUAG